AUGCGAUUAAAGAUUGAAUUGGCCCCCAAUUCGAAUAGGAGCACUGUGUCUAAUACCUCAUUCCAAGGACAAGAAGCUGUUACUGAUGCUCCUAUCGAUGAUGUUCUCGCCAUCAAUCAAAUUGAAAAGAUAUUGAUCGGUGGAUUUGAAGAUAUUCUAAGUAGAAAAGCCCUUGACGCGUCAAACUCUGGGAAGGAUAGAGAGGAUGACAGUGAAGAAAGAGAAGAUGACGAUGGAGAAAAAGGGGACAAUGAUCAAGUAGAUAUCCUGGCUGGCCAUGAAUUUGAUUUCGAGUCUUUGAAGACGCGCGUAUUGAGAAUGGACUUAAUAAUAUUGUUGUUGUUCAAGCCGCAAAGCACUAUAAAGUUGAUCCUGAAUCCAGAGAUCUGA